AUGGCGACUGCUCAAGCUGCGCGUGACUCUGCCCUUCUUCGAUCGACGCCAUUGCCGAGUUCGUUGGUCCGUAGCACUGUCGUGCUGUUUUGUGCCACUGGAGUACCUGGCCUCGCCGAACCUUCCAUUUUGCCAGAGCAAGGAUAUACUUCUGUGUACCUCUUCAGCUCCGGUGGACGUGGGUGUCUGUCAACAGCUUCGGUGUCUGCCUACGAUCAAACCUCAGGCGUCGAGGCUACCUUCAUGCCACUUCUGGAUCUUUGGGAUUCUGUUGUGGAAGCCAGAUCGCGUACGGGGCCAGAUGCCGUCAUGCAUGAAUGA